AAUCAUGGUAAUAUUUCUCGCUAGCCUUCAUAAAUAAAAUGAUACAAUAAUUUACAUUACACGUCGAAUCGAAUACAAACUACAAAGUACUAUUAUUUUUAUAAUUAACCAAUUAAAAUAAUCAAAAAUUUUCAUUCUCAACUAUUAUUUGUCGUGUCACUACGAUAAUAGUGAAUUGUAUGUUUUAAAAAAAUUUGUUCAGCAUUUAAAUAUCUUAUGGAGGACAAAUUACCACCCAAGGAAACUCAUGUUUUGACUUUGAGCGAUUUUAUUGAACGACGCAAAGAAUGGGAUCAAGAAGAUGAAUCGCGAUUAGCAGAAUAUCUUCAACAAUUGUCCAAUAAAAUAACUCAAGGUGCAAAAAAUACAUUAAAUGAAUUGGACGAUUUAGUGGCCAGCAUAGAUGACACUGCAGUUCAAAUAGCAAACAUCAAUAAUGAAUUUCAGUUAUUAGCAGAUAAACAAUUUAUAGAAAACAAAGUUCAAGACGAAGAUGAAACAGUGCAAACUAAAGUUGAAAAACCUGUGUUACGAGAAACCAAUGACGCUGAUACAUUAAUAAAUAAUAUAAAAGAAGCACUUAAAAACAGCUUUAAAGCUAUUGAUACUCACUUUGAAAAAAUUACUGUUGUAGUUAGUGAUUCUGAUGACAAUGAUGAUGAACUUAGAAAUGAAGAAACUAUUUUAAGGCCAAAGAUAUUUUACAAAAAAUUAAAUCUUCCUUCUUUAAGUGGUAAUACAUUAUCUGAAAUUGUCGUAGAUAAUGCUAUGUUUUCAGAUUCAGAUUCUGAUGUUGAACAACCUACAAAUACAUUUAAAGAUCAGGAAUCAUUAUCUAGCAAUGAUGUACCUGAAGAAGAUGUAUAUUCUAUUAGUGAAUCAAAAAAUACAUAUGAACCUAAUUCCGAAUUAAUAGGUGCCAAUAACAUUUAUUUUGAAUCAGAAAAACCGAAGUCUAAAAAUAUUCCCACUUAUGUAGAUGAUGGUAAAGAUGAUCUGUUUACUCCACCACCUUUAAUUAAUGACGAUGAAGAUGAAAAUUUAGAAAAUGAAUAUAAUAUAUUUGGUAAUGGUAGUAGUAAUAUGUUUGGUGAAAAAAAUUUGUGGGAUGAUAUUGAUGAUGAUGACAAUGAUGAUUUUUCAAAUGAACCACCUUUACCGAUAUAUUCAGACAAACCACCUCUGCAAGAACCUAAAUCUUAUACUCAAGUAAAGGUUGAAGCACCAAGUAUACAACAAACACUGAAUGAUGAAUUGCGAAAACGAUUCCAAAAAGAUAGUACAUCUUCUCAGUCAGAUAAUUUAAAUGCCAUAUCGUCAAAAACAAAAUUACCCAAAGGAGCUGUUAAUAUUCUUGGCGGAACUGAUAUAAAACCAUACAUUUCUAGUCCUGCUUCAAACAUAAAACCAUCAAUAAUACCUGAAAUAAGUAAAAAAAUGGCUAUAACACAAAAUGAUACAACUGAAGAUUUUAAUACUUCGAAUAAAGUUGUUGACGAUUUCAAUUCAAAUUCAGUUACUAUAGCACAUAAAGAGUUAAUAAAAGAAACUAAACCAUUAAAAAAACGAUCGCUCUUUGAUCAAGAAUCAGAUGAUGAUGAUUUGUUUACCAAAAAAACAGUUACAGUUUCUUCAACAUUAAAAUCAAAUAUUUUAGAAUCUAAAGAAAGUUUGACAAAAGAUAAAAUUUUGUCGAGAAACUUAUUUUCAGAAUCAGAUUCAGAUGAAGAUUUUAUGGAUUCAAAACUGAAAACAAAAGCUAAUUCUACUAUUGAUAAUAAUUCUACAAAACUUUUAGACUCUUCAUCUGAUGAUGAUUUAUUUAGUAAUAAAUCUAUCAAUAAAAUAAUACCAAAACAAAUAUCUGUUGUAAGUUCUUCUCCAAUACAUGUUGAAGAUGUUAAAGUAUUAAAUAAAUCAAAUGAAAUAAAACAUUUAUCAAAACUCCCAAUAGAAAAAGAUAAAGUUAAAGAUACAUUAAAUAAGGAAAUUACUGAUAAAUUAAAAAAGGAUUCAAUAAAUCCUAGUGUGGCUGAUAAUAAAGUUACAGAAGAAGAAUUUUUACCAAAUGAUAACACUUUAAAUAGCAAUACUAUAGAAUCUCUGAACAAUAAUAACAUAAUGAUACAAAGUAACCAAAAGCCUUCAAAUUCACAACAGGCAAAAAAGUUAAGUAAUUUUUUUUCAUCGGAUGAAGACGAUUUGGAUGAGGAUACAUUGUUUAAUGUUAAUAAACCAAAUAAAAAUAGUAUUAAAAAAGAUCAACUAAUUUCUAAUGCAAGUGAAAUUGGUCAAAUUACAAAUCCCGAGGUUCGUGGACUGAAAAAAGACUUAUUUGAUUCUUCUUCUGAUGAUGAUCUAUUUGUUACUAAUAAACCAAAUUAUAGUCAUACAUUUUCAAAACAUAGAAAACAAUCUAGUUUUAAUGAAAUUGGAAAUAAAGAGAUUGAUGAUUGUGCCAUAACGAAUAAAGCAACAAAUAUUGAUAAAAUAAGUCAAAUGGGAAAUGACAUUGAUAAAAAUAAUACAAAAAAUUUUAGUCUACUGUCUGAUGAUGAAGAUGAAAAUUAUUUGUCCUUUGAUAAAAACAUUUCUGAUGCUUUUAUUAGUUUAUCUAAUAAUCAAAAUAUAAAUGAAAAUAUAUCAACUAUUAGUUUGUCAUCUGAAGAAUUUUUAAGCCCAAAAAUGGAUCAAAACAAUCAAGAUAUGUUUCAGAAUACAGCACCUGAUAGCUUACAAGAUAGUAAGAAUCGUGAUUUAUUCAGUCAAAAAGAGAUUCAUAUGCCUAAAAAUGAAAUAAUGUCAAAUGAAAAUACAAUCCAUAGUAAUAAAAUUUCCACAUUAUCAAGUAAUGAUGAACAAAAAUUAAUUCUUAGUUCACAAAUUCAAAAUGAGAAUUCUAAUAAAGAAACUAAAAUGAUUUCUCCAACAUCAAAUUUUUCAACGGGAAAUUUACUUAAUAAUAAAAAUCAAGAACCAUUGAAAAAAAAAGAUUUAAAUGCAUCCAAUAUUAUGACAGUAUCUAUUUCUUCAGAAAACACAAUUCAGAGCAUCGAAAAUCCUAUUUUCAUAAGUAGUGAUGAACAACAAUUUAAUUCAAAUACUCAAAAUGUGAAUACUAAUCAAGAAAUUGACGUAAUUUGUCCUACAUCAGACUUGUCUUUAAAGGAUUCUAUUGAUGGAUCUUCUCUCAGUUUGCCAAAUUCAAGGAAUGAAACUCUAAAAAAACUUCCAGGAAAAUUAAAUAAAAAUGCUGGUGCCUUUAUAAAUGUUGCUAGUCUACUUCCUAAUUCUAAAAGCCCAUUGAAAAUAUCUGAUAUUCCUCGAUCAGUUUCAUUGGAUGAAAAAAAUGAUACCUUACCAACUGAUGGAACAAAACUUUUCAGUGCUGAAAAAGAAAGAGCUAGAAUUCAAGUAAAAAGACGUCCUCAAAGUCGAAAAGCUAGAAUAGCUGCUGCUCGAAUGUCAUCUAUAGAUAUUGGUUCUGCAACAAACUUUGAAGAAUCAUCUCGCCUAUUUGUUUCAACAUCUAAUUUAGAUGACUAUCAAUCUAGUCCAAUAUUAAAUAAUGAAUGUACAGAUGUAGAUUCUUCAAAUGAAGUUAAAAAUAAAAUUGUUGAAAAUGAUGAAAAAAUAGAAUCAAAAAAUAAGCUAACAAAAAAUUUAUUUGAUGAUGAUUUAGAUCAAUCCAAGUCAAUUCAACAAGAGUUUGAUAAAAAAGAUAGUAAUUAUAACAAAAAUAUAAUAUUGAGUGAAGAACUAUUAGAAUCUAAUAAAUCAGUACAAGAACAACUCCCUGUAAUUGAAUCAAAUCAUAAAAAACUUCUAGAAAAUGAACCAGUUAAAGAAAAACAAUUGGAAACUGAACUAAUAAAAAAAAAACAACCAGAAAUUGAUUCAAUUAAUGAAAAAGUUUCAGAAAUUGAACGAACACAUGAAACACAAGUUAAAGUAUUCAGUAUGAAAGAAUUAGAAGAAAAUAAAUCUAAAUCUAUGAUUUCAAAUACUUUGUUACUUCAGAAAUCUAAUUCUUUAUUUGAUGAUGAUGAUGAUGAUGAUGAUGAUCUAUUCUCUCGGAAAUCUGGUAAAGUAAAUAAAACAAUAUCAAAUAUAUUUGAUAGCGAUGAUGAAUUUGAAUUUAACCAAAAAUUUACAAAAAAGAAUUCCGAUAAAACAAAGUCUAUAUUUGGUGAUGAUAGUGAUGAUGAUCUAUUUAACACGCCCAAAAAACCUUCAGGAAGUAAUUUAACUUCUCAAAAAUCGAUUGAUAAAUUAAAUCAGCGACAAAAUCGUUCUAGUGGUGAUGGAUAUGUAAAACUUGCUGCCGAAAGUGUUGCUGUUAAUCCAUUAGAAUCUAAGAAAAACUAAAAUUAUUGAAUAUGUUAAUUCUAUUUUGUAUUUUAUGUGUCUACAACUUUUAUAUCGUUUUU